UUAUGAGUGAAGAUGCAGGAUGGCACCCCGGAAGAUCAUGCUUUAAGAUAACCUCCUGAGCAUCUCGAUUCUCCGCAUCCAACCUCCUCGAUUCCCGAACCAGUUCAUUUGAAAAACCGCAUGAGCUGCAGGUUACCGCAUGCUGCAACACGCUCUCGGCCAUGAUGGACUGUUGCAGUGCGGCUGGGAUGAUCCUUGCAUACAGAAAGGGCUGCCAUUGUUUCACAGACCGUCAGGACGAAUUGAAACGAGCCAAUCGCAUGUGAAUCCACCCAAGGAUACUUACAGCAUGGGUAAGGACCGGAGACCGCCUCAUACGUUGACCGUUUUCUCCCCGCAAAAUGUUGUGCCGGUUCGUGCAUCCGGAGUUAUGCCUGCAUGCUUCAUCAGAACGAGUCAGACUCGAUCGAAACAGCACAGCGUAUUGUCGUACACUCAGUACAUUGCACUAUCCUCACACCCACGGUUUCGAGAUUCUUCAUGGUUCUUCCCAUUCGGUACAAUCGCGUAUUAUGAAAGCCUGCAGAGCAACUUCUGGCAGCUCCACUUAGCAGUAUGCAGAUUCGGCCGCUCAGAGUCUGAAUUUCCGAGUCUGCAUCUUUCCGGUCCUAGUUGGCCGAGCCUGUCGACGAAUACGCUUUAAAGGGAGGGGGGGUAGGUAGCACUGCUUUGGAUGGAAAUUUCCAUCAUGCCCGUCUAUUGUCUUUUCAACUAGUCCUUCCUUCUGCGACAGAGUCCGAUCUUUGGCUCUCCGUAUGCGUUAUCUUUCCUUAAUCUUCCUGCGCAAUCACAUUCAUUUGUCGAGACCAUCUAAAGUAUAGAUUCGAGAAUCUCGAG